AAGUAAAAACAGCUGUUUCUGUUGAUUUCUUUUCGAAACUGUUAUGUUUCGAGUAAAACGGGAGCUUAAGUGUCUUGAAGAGGAUCGAUAUUUCGUCAGCUUAGUUUGAUUUUCUAUAACCAAUACGCAGAUUAAUGGUAGGUUUCCAUAGAUGCAACACUGAGAAACGUUUGCCGUCGUGUAUGUCUCUGGAUGGGGAGGUAUUGCAGUAAAAUGGCUUAUCGAUUUUACAGCGGCUCUGGAUCACUGGGUUAUGAAGUAAGGGGCCUUUUAAACUACAAUCUGUCCUGCUGUACCAAUGCUUUGCUUCAGUCGUUUUCUGCGACCACUGAACUCCUGGACAUACUGAACAAAUGGCAUCCAUCAGAUGAGACUGAUGAGAGGAACGUCCUGCUGCAGUUGAAGAACGCCCUGGAAGCCAUGAGGGACAAAUCACAUCCUGCUCCACACAAAGACUUCCUCAAAUGCCUCUACUAUCAAGCCGUCCGACCAAGCACUCAACAAGAUGCAGAUGAAAUAUUCCACAUCAUCCUCAAUCUCAGUCAGAAGCAGAUGCCUGAUGCUGCUGUGGCUCAGGAAAUUCGCAGUCUCUUUGAGAUUCAGGUAGAAAACCAGGUGGUGUGUUCAGAGUGCACAUACAUUCACAGAGCACCCAGCUCUCUUUUCAGCCUUCCUUUGGCAAUCUUCGAAAGAGACACUCUGGAAAGCUGCAUCAAAUCUUUUUUCAUGCUGCAAGAGCUGCCCGACAGCGAGAAGGCUUACUGUGACCGGUGUGCUGAAAAGCGGCCGUCAACUCAUGAAGUGAGACUUGUCUCUUUGCCUCCGAUUCUGUGUGUACAGUUGAAAAGAUUCAGAAACGAUAAAGGUUUCAUCAGGAAACUCUCCAGCAAAGUCACCUUUCCUGAAAUGUUCAGUACUGAGAUUUUUGCUGCAGGACAAUCAGAAAAUGCUGAUUACGUCAAGACUAAUGAGUAUUACAGUCUCUAUGCCGUAAUAGUGCAUGAAGGACACAUGUUUGGACACUACACUGCUUUCAUCAGAUCGAAUCAGGAGGAGAUGUGGUAUUAUGCUGACGACUGCCGCGUGCGGCCAUCCACAUGGGCAGAUGUGCAGGACACAUAUGGAGGGUCCCAUCAGUAUGGAAGCACAGCCUACUUGCUUCUGUACAGGAAGAAGAGCAGGAAUUUGUCUGCGUAAUUCUUGGGAACGCGGCAGCACUUGAUCGACACUAUAUGACAUAAUACAGAGAAUAUUCCAAGAACAGGACUAAAAUGUAGUUAUAUUUUUGGGAUAAGUAUAUGAAGAAAUCAUAUUUUUAAGAAGGUUAAUCAGUAAAUUUUGGGGUUUAUGUAGGACAGUAUUUUGGAUAGGAUUUUGUUAUUUUGUCAGAAUGUUUUCUGUAAUCUAUGGAUAUUAUUAAAUAAAAAAUACUAGUUUUGAAAUAAUCAGAAUCAACUUUAUUGCCAGGUAUGUUUACACAUACGAGGAAUUUGUUUUAGUAACAGAAGCUCUACAGUGCAACAGGAUAACAAGA